AUGUUCGGGUGAAGCCGGGAGCCGGCCGAAGCGUCCCUCGGGUGGGAGUGCCGCCGGGGGAACAUGCGAAAACAAAACCUCAUCGUGCUGAUGUCUGCCCUGUCGCUGGCCGGGGGAUCUGCCGGGAACGGUUCUGAACAUGAUGGUUCAGGAGACGGAUUGCCGAUAUUAUCCACCGUUACAGUAACGCCUCCUCCUGCUACGCAUUCUUUGACCGUGGAUGACCAGGAGCCAGUACUUGUCAACGCAACCGCUACUGAAAGCAGCUUUGAAACAAACAGUCCUCCAAGUACCGUGAACAAACAGGACAGCCUAGAAGCAGAACAGUCUAUCUUGAUAUACGUUGUCCCCAUCGCGCUGCUGGUCCUGCUGAUUUUGCUGAUCACGUUUUUUGUAAUACAUCAUAAAAGGAAAAAGUCCAAGCAAGAUGAGCUGGGAAGCGAAAAUGUGAAAAGUCCUAUUUUUGAAGAAGACACACCCUCUGUUAUGGAGAUAGAAAUGGAAGAGCUUGAUAAAUGGAUGAACAGCAUGAACAAAAACGCUGACUGUGAAUGUCUGCCUACCGUAAGAGAAGAAGAAAAAGAAUCAAUUGCCAACCCAAGAACACGCUGUGAUUACGACAGCCGCCGACGCGGCAUCCCCGGCUCCACUGCCUGCCGCCUCCUACACCUUCAGCGCGGCUUCCCCGCGGCUCCGGCCAACCCUUGGAUCCAGAGCGUGGAUAAGCACCACGCUGCGAGCCGGGACGCCCGGUCUGGUGGGACUCCCUCCUCGCAGGAGUCUGGCUAA